CGCGAGGCUGGGCGCAGCCUCUGCGGAGCGGGAUAAAACCUGUCCUCGCUCCCGCGCCUCGGUGCUCUCGCUGCCGCCGCUCGCGGUGCCCGGGGAGCCGCUGGAGGUGUUGACUAUGAAGGUAUCAAUACAGGCUGUGGCAGUGUGGGGGAAAAUAGCUCCCUCUCAUAGCAUCACUGCCAUUAUGAUUACAGAUGACCAGCAGACAAUUGUUACAGGAAGCCAAGAAGGACAAAUAUGUCUCUGGGAUCUUUCAUCAGAAUUAAAGAUUUCAUCUAAAGAAAUUCUGUUUGGCCAUACUGCUUCUGUAACUUGUUUGGCAAAAGCAAGAGACUUUGAGAAACAGCCAUAUGUAGUAAGUGCUGCUGAAAAUGGGGAGAUGUGUGUUUGGAAUGUUGCUAGUGGACAGUCCGUUGAGAACGCAAAGCUUCCUUAUAGGCAUACAGCAAUCUGUUAUUACCAUUGCUCAUUCCGAAUGACAGGUGACGGCUGGCUUCUUUGUUGUGGAGAAUAUCAAGAUGUUCUUAUUAUUGAUGCUAAGACUUUGAGUGUUCUUCACACUUUAACAUCUUCUCAGUCUUCUGAUUGGAUCAGUUGUAUGUGUAUUGUUCACUCUGCAAGAAUUCAAGAAGACUCAUUGGUUGCAGUGUCUAUAGCUGGAGAGCUUAAAGUAUGGGACCUAUCUUCAUCAUUGGGCAGUAUACAGGAGAGACAGAGUGUGUGUGAGAAGGAAUCCAAAUCUCUGGACUGUAUAAACUGCCAAGCAAUACGGUUUUGCACUUACACAGAAAGGCUUCUUCUAGUUGUGUCCUCCAUGUGCUGGCAGGUCUACGAUUAUUGUGACUUUUCUUUGCUGUGUACUGAGUUCUGCAAAAGUGGUCAGUGCUUUGCUGGUGGUGAAGUACUAGCAGCUUACAGGCUUAUCAUCUGGACAGAAGAUGGUCACAGUUACAUCUACCAGCUGCUGAACAGUGGGCUUUCUAAAAGCAUAUAUCCUGCUGAUGGAAAAGUGCUGAAAGAAACUGUUUAUCCUCAUUUACUCUGCUCUACUGGUGUGAAAGAAAAUAAGAGUUUCCCAUUUGUUAUGGGCUUUAUGAAUGAAAGGAAAGAGCCUUUCUAUAAGGUUCUUUUUUCUGGUGAAGCUUCAGGAAGAAUCACUCUGUGGCAUGUUCCUGAUGUCCCUGUUUCAACAUUUGAUGGUUCACCAAAAGAGAUCCCAAUUACAGCAACUUGGACUCUUCAGGAUAAUUUUGAUAAACACCAUUCAAUGUCAGAGGGCAUUAUUGAUCAUCUCUGUGCAUCUGAAGAUGGGAAUGAAAGUGCAGUCAUCAGUUCCUCUGUAUAUAUACCCAGUCUCGAUAAGCUGGUUUGUGGAUGUGAAAAUGGGAAAAUUUUUGUAACUCUCGCUUUAAAAACUGCAAGAGCAAGACUUUUAGAAAACAUAUCCUUGUUGAAAGAUAAUCUACCUUACAAAGUUCUGAAUGGUCAUAGUAGCAGAGUCACAUGUUUACUUUAUCCACAUGAUAAAUCGGCAAGGUUUGAUCCAAGCUGGUUGUUAUCAGGAGGUCAGGAUUCUGUUGUGAUCUGCUGGGAUAUAUUUACUGGAGAAAUUUUACACCAGUUUACUCUGCAAUCUGGUCCAGUGACAGAGUUGUUGCGACCUCCGGAAAACUACAGAUUAAAAGAUCACAGCAUUGUGUGUUGCGUGUGCAGGGAUCAUUCAGUAGCAAUUCUACAUCUUCAGGAGGGAGUGUGUCUCUUACAUGCCAGAAAGCAUCUGUUUCCUGUGAAUAGGAUAAAAUUCGACCCUGUUGAGAAUCUGCUAAUUGUUGGAUGUGAAGAUGAUUCAGUUUAUAUUUGGGAAAUUGAAACAGGUACACUAGAACGGCAUGAAACAGGUGAAACAGCAAAAGCAAUUCUUACUUCCAUUGAAGAUUCAGAAUAUUUAAUGGCAGGUGCUCUACUUCCUGUAUCUCAAGAUUCAAAAAGGCAUAAAGAUACUGUAUACAAACCCUCUAGCUCUUACAAGCAUGGCAUGGUCUCUUACAAUCUUACUCAUACAGAGAAAACUUCUGAUAAGCUGUCUGAUACUGGCCACAUGCAACAGUCCUUUACUGUUUUACCAGUUAAAACAAAAUGGAACAAUGUGAACUUUCAUGUUCUCUUAUUUGAUCUGGGAAGACUUGUCGAACUUCUGCUGUCAUCUCAACUCAAUGGAUUAAAGUCAUCAAAUUCAUUCCACGACUUUGACACUCUACAAAGAGCCAAAAGUACUGCUGAAAAAAGGUCACUGACAUUAAAAAGAAAUAAAACUGCCGGCUCCAUAUGUCUAGUGGAUGGACAAGUAAAUACUGUUUGUGCAAACCAGGUCCAUAGAGAUAAUAAUGCAGUUAGGCCUUCGGAAGAAAGUAGUGGCAUGAAAAAACAGAAGAAGAUGAAGAGUUCAAGAAAAAAUAGAAUGCAGCCACCAGGAAACAUUGAUGUGAACAUCACUGAUACAGCUAAACUGCUUUUGUCGUGUCUCUUACCAUGGGGUGUAGAUAAGGAAAUAGACAAUCUUUGUGUUAGCUACUUAGAUAUCUUGAGGCUUCAGUGUCCAGUCUCUUUUGGACUUGUGUCAAAAGAAAAUCACAUAUCACUAAUGUUGCCAGGACGGAAUUGUACUGAUUGUGGUGUGCUAGAGGAACAUGCAGUAAUCAACUUGUUUUCAAAAAGAGUGCUUGAUUUAUCAAACAAGUACCUUUCUGCAACUGAAGGACAAACUGGAAAGAAGGAUGGACCAGGCAAUAAUAUUCAUGGAUCACAGGGAUCAGAAACUGUAUUCUUAUUAAGCAGAAUAGCUUUAAUCAACAGGAUAAUUAACAUGCCUUUGGAAGUCACAAAUGAAAUGGAAAGUCCACAGAAAUCAGAGUCCGUACAUAACAAGUGGCGAAAUGUGGAAGCAGUCAGCUCUUCGUUCCCCAGUUUUUAUGCAGACUUACCAAGCAAUAAAAGUAGAUCUCAUUCCUCUGAUUUUGGGAAUAUUUCACUGAUGAAACUCAUUUUUUGUUGGAGUGAUCAAUCUAUAAAGAUCAUUGAGGCAAUACAAGCGGUUCUGCUGGCAGAAGUUCAGAGGACUGUGAAGACCUUGAGAAAGACAGCAAUCUGCAGAGAGCCGCUGCCCGUACUAGAGAAUGGAAAUGUCAGUGAGCUGAAGCAUGCCAAGAACUCAAACUCAGCAAACUUCCAAGAUGCAGAGGAUAUGCCUGACAGAUGUGUCUUGGAAGAGUCUGAGAGUCCAGAUGACAUGAAGACACAUCCUUGGAUAUCUAAAGUGUGCUCCUGCAAAGUGUGUUAGAAAACCCUGCUUAGCCAAAAGAAUUAGAAGAUGCACAAGAACAGCCAAGAAAUAGGAACUACAUGACGUGGACGUGUAACAGAUUGUUGCAUUUAUUACCGUAUACCUUUAGCAGUUCAUUUUCAGAAGAAAUGCCUUCCAUAUAAUCAGCUUCUUUAUGCUGAUUUAUUGACUUCAGUGCAGAGUUCCAACACUACUAGAUUUUACCUUUAUUCACUUAAAUUUAGAUCCUUCUGACACAGAAAAUAUCAAGCCCUUAUUUUAGAUGUUUUUCACUAGUUUAAGCAUUAAUCUCAAAUCUUACAACACUGAUUUACCAUAAAUUUUUGUCUCCAUUUGAAUAUCCUUUUGCAUACAAUUCAUUUAAAUAAUUAAAUGUAACUUUUUCUCUCUCCUUUUAAUUUUUAUUACCAAUGACUUUUUAACACUAAGUAAAAACAAAUACAUUUGAAAUAAUUUGAAAAUUAAUGUUUGCUUGGAUUUAAAGGGAAUUGGGAAUUGAUUAUGAAUGUGAUCGUGUCUAAGAUGUAAACUUUCCUUUUUCACAUGUGGCUGCCAUUAUGAGGUUGAGGAAGCCCCUAAGAGCCCUCUUCUGAGAUGAUGCAGUCCAUUGAAUUGCUAUUUAUGUUUAUUAGGAAAAGCAGCUAUACAUGCUUAUCCUUUUAAAAUUUUUUUCAUUGUGUUUGGAAAAUAUUUGCGGUUUUUUAGACUCAGAUACCACCUAAAGUUCUGAGGGACUUAUGAUGGUUUGACAAAGAAUGGCACUGUGAAAGUGGUAAAGCACACUUUCUGUAUUACCAACAGUCAGAGUGCUAAUGAAGUCAAGGAGCCUUGAGGAUAUGCUCUUCUGGAUCUGGAUCUUCUGGUGUGAAAUGUGAAGCCCUCUUUUCCUGCUUUUUCCGAUGAGCCUCUAAAUGCAGAGUAUGGCGGUGGAGUCAUUAGAAAUGUUAAAUAGGGGGGCAUUCUGAGAGGUAGUAUUUCAGUUUUCAUUCAGCUAAAGAAUAUGCCAUUAAAAUAGGUUACCAUUCAAGGAAGAUAAAGAAAGAUAUUUAAUGCUGUUAUGAAAUUGUAAAUACCAUGCAGAAAAUGUUGUCUCUUACAGAAAAGUCACUAUGUUACACAUUUGGUAUGUUUCAAAAACAGUUUUCCUUAUUCUUAGAAGAAGUUUUCUUAUCUAAAACAUUUUUUUGAUCAUACUAACUUGUAUAUGAAUUAUGGAGACUAAACAAUCUGGCUGUUGUGUGAUUUGGCUUCAUUGUUGCGUUUAUUGUGCUGGAUGUCUGGAAUAAUAUCAUUGACUUAUUAUACUUGCAUAGCAUAACUGAGAGCAGAACAUAUCUUCAACUGAGAUAAAUCCUCUGCUUAACAUGUAUGGUUAAAUAGGAGAUACAAGCAUCAAGAAAGUAAAAAUAAAAUUACAAAUAUAGCUAGCCCUAUAGGAACCUUGCAGACAGUAAACCAAAUGGAGAAUAAAGUAUGGACCUUGCUUUCUCCUUUGCCACAAUCCAUGUCAACAGUCACUUUUAUUUUGCUGCAGUAAUCUUCCAUUGGCAUUGAAAAGUCCUUUUCCUUCACAACAAAUACUACUGCUCUGCAUCAGCAUCUGCCCACUUGGACCAGCUCUAUUCUUACUACAAGUGGCAACAAAUUUCCUUAGAACUGUUGCUACCUGAUGUUUUAAAAGCUGAUGUGAUCAUAGAGGUGUCAUAGCUCAAGGCACCAGCAUUGUCCAUAACACCCAGUAUUGUUGUGGUAGCAAUUACAUUUGUGCAACUCGAUAUUUGAUUGCUUGUCCUUAAUUCCGCAAAGCAGUGCACAUCAGCAGACUGCCAAUACAGAUAACCCUCUGGAAUGCUUUGUGCAGUGAUGAUUGGUGUUUGGCACAUGCUUAUGUGUGCUUUGUGCUAAUCAUAAUUACUAGUAUCACUAAGGUAAGACAGGAACUUUUUUUAUUAGGUGCAUUUAUUUUGCAGUAAAGCAGAUGUUAUUUCC